AUGGGAUUGAUAGCAGAAAAAUACCCAGGUAUUGUAGUCAUUGAUAGAAAACCUACUGCAACAAUCCAAGUUCUGGACCAAGUCUUACAGGAUUUCUUUGUACCAUCAUGGCUGCGCUCAACUUGCCAGUUUGACCGAACAUUGUUUUUCAAUGGUGAAUUUCAACCAUACACGGAAGAGUCUCAGACGAAGCUAUUGCUAGCAAUGGAUGACAUUAACAAGAAAAGAGCGGAGGGAGCACGUUGUGUUAUUGUGCCGAUUGGAAGUCAGGGAGCCGGUAAAUCUACUCUCGUCAGACAUCUUGUUAACACUAACCUUAGCGAAGGACACCCGAUUUAUCUUCUUGACACAGAUGUUGGACAAAGCGAGUUUACACCUCCUGGUUGUUUGUCUCUUUGGAAAAUGUCUGAUCCCAUCCUUGAUGUUCCGUGCACACAUCAGGCGCAAAUCUAUCCAUGUUGUUACUUUUAUGGUAACAUUACUCCUGCCGACGAUGUGGUUAGAUACAAGGAAAUCUUUGAUCGUUUACUGAACGAGUUUCAAACCAGAAGCGAGCCAGGAUCUCUAUUAAUAGUCAACACUUUGGGUUGGAUAGACGGUAAGUAG